GCAGUUUGCCCCUAAAUUGUUUUCUGCCCAAAAUGCAAAACAUGUGGUCUUUGAUAAAUGAGUUUGAUCAAGGAAAGACUUCCUGGACAUUCAAAGCUAGAGCAGUACGUGUUGAUGCAACCCCAACCUAUGGGAUACAUGGUGAAUCACUGCAGUGCAUUUUCCAAGACCGAGAGGGAACAAGAAUUCAUGCACAUAUUGGUAAAUCCCAAGUUGCAAAGUUCCAGUCCCUGUUUAAGGAAGGCGAUGUUUAUGCAAUAAGUCAUGUUUUGGUUCAAGACAACUACAUGAAUUUCAAGACAACGAGGAAUGUUUUCAAGUUGUUAUUCCUUAACAAAACUGAAGCUUUUAAGAUUUCAAACAUCAAUUUCCCAAUGAGAGUGUUUGACUUCACAACUAUUGUUGCCUUGCAAAAUAUGGAAGUUGUUGAUGAAACACAUGCUAUAGGUGAUGAUUUUUAUAAACAAACUUUUUUUGAAUUAAAUGUUUAAUUGAAGAACAUAAUUAUAAUUAUUGCUUUUAGAUGUGAUUGGCAAGGUUACAUCCCUGUCAAACCCUAAGUCUCUAACAAAGAACGGUAGACAAACUCAGUUGGUUGAUCUGACCCUUGGGGAUGCACUGUAAGGUUUUAAACUAGUUGAUAUUCAAAGUUUGUGGUGAGUUUGAGAUCUGAAAUUCACACCACAUUUUGUAGUGGAAAUGCUAUCACUUUCACUCUUUGGGAGGACUUGGUAGAUCAGUUGUUAGAUUUUCUGAAGACCAAACCUAAGUCUAUCAUUCUUAUUCUUCAACUAUGUCGUGCAAGAAAAUUCCAGGGUAUGAUGAAACUUAAUCUUAUUUCCAGUUUGUUAUUCAUGCUUAACAGUGUAAACUUAUAGGUCGUGUGAGUGUGACAAACAUGUUCAAUGUAACCAAGAUGCUACUGAACAGUGACAGUGAGGAGUGUGUGGAGUUCAAAUCCAAGUUUGGGCCAGACAAUGAUGAUGAUGGGGCUGGACUAGCCUUGGGUAGUUUUGUGACUCCUACAGUUCAAGAUGACCUAUCAAGCGGGAAUGUUAAGUAGGUUUCGAUUGAUGAUCUAAUGAAAAUGAAAGAGGAAGGCAAGUACUGGGUUUAUGGAGAAAUAUUGGCAAUUGAUAGUUAUCGGGACUGGUAUUAAAUAUCCUGCAAGGAGUGCAGUAGAAAAGUUUUACCUGAAGGGGAUACUUUUUGGUGUGGUGUGUGCAACACAACAGAGGUGGUUCUAAGGUACAAAGUGAAUGUGAGGGUGAUGGAUGACACUGGUCAUGCAUCUUUGGUGUUUUGGGACAAAGAAUGCAGUGUUUUGGUGGGAAAGACAGCAAAUACUCUUCGCGAAGAGAUUGAACAGGUGUAGGUCCUUACUACCUUCUUGUUGAGAUUGAUAGCUUGGUUGAGAUUAAGGGAUUGUUUCGAGUUCAAACAAAGAGGAAAAUCAUAAGCUACAGGGGUGUACCAACAUUUAGUGUGAUUGGAAUGAAUUGUGAUCCUAAAGUUCUGUCUUUAUAUGAGAAUAAAGGAAAAGCAAUGGAGGAAGAAGAUGAUUUCACUCUUCUCAAAAAGGAGUUUUCUGUACCUGAAGAAGUCAUCACAUCAAAUGUGGAGGAGUCCAACCCCCUGCUGACAAAACAGAAAAGGAAGACACUGGUGGUAAAUUGUAGUGGCAUACAAAAAAGGCUGUUGUGGAGCAUCCAGGUGUUGAAGGCACUGAAGAAGUUGAAGAAAGUGAAAGUGGAGAAGUAGGGGGUUUUCUGUUUAAACUGAACCACAGUAUAUGUGCUUCAGUUUUUUUGGGUUUUUUUUUUCAACCUGGAUUAUCAUCUUAGGGAAAAGAUUAGGUUAUGAUAUAUGAUAACCGCUUUCGCGGCGUUGUAGUAAAACGGAGUCUAACCUUUCGAUUUUUCCCCAAG